ACAUUAUCUACCUACUUCAUUAUCAGUGUUUAAAAAUCAUCUCAUUUGGCUACUUAUGUAAAAAUCUUUUGAAGUUUCUAGAUACGAUAAUAGUGUCCCAACCAUGUCUACAUAGUCUCUAUAUAUGCAUGAUAACAAAGCUAAUUUAAACUAUGAUACUGCGUAGGCAUAUUCUCUCUCCCAUUCAAACUCUAUAUCUCGUAUAAGUUACAUAAGUUGAAAUCUAUCGUUCUCACUCUCGAUUAAGAGAGUGUUGGUUCCUGUUUAUCUUGUUGUUGUUAGGCGCUGUGCAUUGCACUGCACUACACUGUCAUUUAAGCCCAUGUCUUUCAUUGCAUCACUCAGGCCGAUCGUUGUCAAUAGAAAUUUCUCUAGGUUCAGUAAACAAGUAUUGGUGACUCCACGUUGUACAUUUCUGAUCAACAAUAAAAAAGAAAUGUCACAAACACGUGAGGAUGACGCGAAAUCUAUAACAAUGAAGAAAUUAACACCCGAGUAUCUAGACGAGGCUCUCCAGACAUUGAGUGUCGGAUUCUUUCCAUACGAAAGUAUCAGUUUAGGCUGUUCCGUAAAUUCGAAUGCCAAAGCUUGCCGGGAGCUGGAAAAGCUAGCUGCUCUCACUGCCGAGGAUAAGGCUUCAUUCGUUGCAAUAGAUUCCAGCACAAAUAAAGUGAUUGGAGCACUUUUCAACAAAAUUCAAAAGAAAUGUGAUACUGAUGCUCCAAGCUUUUUCGAACAUUUCAGAGAUGAUCAUUGUCAAGAAAGUAAUUCCAAAGCACUAAUCGAUUUUAUGAUUGAGAUGGACAGUUUUAUUGAUAUAUUUUCAAAAUUUCAAGUCGAUCAAGUGUUGGAACUGAUGUUCAUUGCCGUUAAUCCAGAAUACAGGAGAAGAGGGAUUGCUACAUCACUGAUUGACUUCUCUUUGGAUGUCAUCAAGAAGGAGAAUAGUGCUAUAAAACUUGCUUCUAGUUUGGCAACUUCAUCAUUCACGUAUAAAAUUCUGAAGAAACUGCAUUUUGAAGAAGUGUUGAAAAAGGAGUUGAAUGAUUUCAGUUUCAACAAUGAACCAUAUUCUAGUAAAGUGGAUUGCUCAGUUCAUAAUACAGGACUUGUCCUUUUUGUGAAGAAAAUUCAAUAAAUGAUACUCAUAUAUAUG